GCUGCGGCUUCCUCUUCCUUGCUGACAUAUGCUGCGGCUUCCUCUUCCCUGCUUACGUAUGCUGCGGCUUCCUCUUCCCUGCUUACGUAUGCUGCGGCUUCCUCUUCCCUGCUGGCGUAUGCUGCGGCUUCCUCUUCCCUGCUAGCAUAUGCUGCGGCUUCCUCUUCCCUGCUUACGUAUGCUGCGGCUUCCUCUUCCCUGCUUACGUAUGUCGCGGCUUCCUCUUCCCUGCUUACGUAUGCUGCGGCUUCCUCUUCCCUGCUUACGUAUGCUGCGGCUUCCUCUUCCCUGCUGACGUAUGCUGCAGCUUCCUCUUCCCUGCUGACGUAUGCUGCGGCUUCCUCUUCCCUGCUGGCAUAUGCUGCGGCUUCCUCUUCCCUGCUUACGUAUGCUGCGGCUUCCUCUUCCAACCCGUCGCGUUUGCGAUGACGUGGCUGCGGUGGCGAUUCUGGCGACGCUUCGUCACCUGUCACGUUGACCUCAUCACGCCGUGUCAUCACCUCACGGCG